ACCGUCCGCGCCGCGGGCGGACGAUGCCCAGGAGGCCGCUGCUGCUGCCCGGGCUGCCCGCGUCCUCCGCCCUGCGCGCCCCGCGGGCCCGGCCCGCCGCCCUCCCGGCCAUGAACGCCGCCCGCACCGGCUACCGCGUCUUCUCGGCCAACUCCACGGCCGCCUGCACCGAGCUGGCCAAGCGCAUCACCGAGCGCCUGGGUGCUGAGUUGGGCAAGUCGGUUGUAUACCAGGAGACCAAUGGAGAAACAAGAGUGGAAAUUAAGGAAUCUGUCCGUGGACAAGACAUUUUCAUCAUCCAGACCAUUCCCAGGGACGUGAACACGGCGGUGAUGGAGCUGCUGAUCAUGGCAUACGCAUUGAGGACGGCCUGUGCCCGCAACAUCAUCGGCGUCAUUCCCUACUUCCCCUACAGCAAGCAGAGCAAGAUGCGCAAGCGAGGCUCCAUCGUGUGCAAGCUGCUGGCCUCCAUGCUGGCCAAAGCAGGUCUGACCCACAUCAUCACUAUGGACCUUCACCAGAAGGAGAUUCAGGGCUUCUUCAGCUUCCCCGUGGACAACCUGCGGGCCUCUCCCUUCCUGCUGCAGUAUAUCCAGGAGGAGAUUCCAAAUUACAGAAAUGCCGUUAUCGUAGCGAAAUCUCCGGAUGCUGCCAAAAGGGCUCAGUCGUAUGCGGAGCGGCUGCGUCUCGGCUUGGCCGUCAUCCAUGGAGAAGCCCAGUGUGCAGAGCUGGACAUGGACGACGGGCGUCACUCGCCUCCCAUGGUCAAGAACGCCACGGUCCACCCGGGCCUAGAGCUGCCACUGAUGAUGGCCAAGGAGAAGCCGCCGAUCACCGUGGUUGGAGACGUUGGGGGCCGCAUCGCCAUCAUAGUGGACGACAUCAUUGAUGACGUGGAGAGCUUCGUGGCAGCUGCAGAAAUCCUGAAGGAGCGUGGAGCCUACAAGAUCUACGUCAUGGCCACACACGGCAUCCUGUCUGCCGAGGCCCCCCGGCUCAUUGAGGAGUCUGCCAUCGACGAGGUGGUGGUGACAAACACGGUGCCUCACGAGGUCCAGAAACUGCAGUGUCCUAAAAUCAAGACGGUGGACAUCAGCCUGAUUCUGUCUGAAGCGAUUCGGCGGAUCCACAACGGGGAGUCCAUGGCAUAUCUCUUCCGGAACAUCACGGUGGAUGACUAAGCUUGCACCCCGUGCCACCGCCCCGCUGUCAGGCCAGCCAGGGAGGGAGGCGCCCCCGAAGCUCACGAGUGGAUGGCCUGGACCACCUGUCACUCUCCUGUCCCUCUAACGAAAGUGCCGCUCCUCCGCAUAGAUGCAGACAGCAGUUCCAGAUACUGUCCUGUCUUACUACUGCUGUAGGAAGAUUGAGACCAAGCCUUAACCCUGUGUUACCCGUGCUGCUCGACCUGGGACCAGUCUUGUGGGGGCCGCACCUGGCCCGCUUCUCUCUUCCCACCACCCACUCUGUCCCUUUUGUCUAAAGAAUUCCAUUUUUCCUUGAGACGCUCUCCACACUAGCCGUACAGACACUGAAAUAGCUGUGAGUUCACUGUGUCCCCUCCCCUUCCCGAGCACCAAGCACUGCUGGGGAAUGACCCACACACAUACCGAGAAGUGCCAGGAGCCCCCAAAGAAACCACAGUAGCAGUGAUGGGACUCAGGCCCCUGUCCGAGCAGACUGGCUGUCGCUGGGGGUGCAGGUCACUGACUGUCACUCUUGAAUGACCAAUAAAAGACUGU